AUGAGAAAUAAAUUAGACGUGUCCCAUAAUAAAGACCCCUUUGAUUUAAAGUUGUAUCUAUAUAAUGUAUGUCUCAAUUUUUCAAACACUGAUAUUUAUCAAGAGUAUAUAAACAGACUCAGUAUUAAUUCAUAUAAUAAUUGUGACUAUGAUCAGAUAAAAAGAAGUUGUUAUAUUUCGAAUAAGGACUUUUUAAAAUAUUAUAAUUAUAAUUUUUAUGACAAUGGUUUUGUAUUAGAAAUGAAUAACCACACUGAAGACAAUUCAUCUUCCUACCAUCUUGAUGAAACGAAGGAGUUGGAAGAAUUAAGUGAAUUUGUGUUUCAUAAAAUGAAAAAAAUAAAAAAGGAAUUUGUAAAAAAUGACAUUUCAAGGAAACGAAGAAGUGAAAUAUGUAAAUGUACAAGAAAUGUAUUAUCGUUAAAAGAAAAAAGAAACACAGAAAAUAAUAAUUCUUUGUCCAUUUCUUAUAAUAAUAACAAUUUAUUAUCUACAAUUUUGCAAAAAGAUAGUUCGCAUUUGUUUUCUACUUUGAUUGAAAAAAAAAAAAAAAAAAAAAAAAAUAAUAAUAAUAGUAAUAAUAAUAAUAAUAAUAAUAAUAAUAAUAAUAAUAAUAAUAAUAAUAAUAAUAAUAAUAAUAGUAAUAAUAAUAAUAAUAGUAAUAAUAGUAAUAAUAGUAAUAAUAAUAAUAGUAAUAAUAAUAAUAAUAGUAAUAAUAGUAAUAAUAAUAAUAAUAAUAGUAAUAAUAGUAAUAAUAAUAAUAAUAAUAAUUUUUUAUACCUAUCACAUAUAGGAGAUAUAAAAAAUGAAGAGUCAAUAUACCAUAAUGAAUACCAUAUUACAUCAAAUUAUUUACCGUAUUAUUUUUUUAUGAAGAAAAACAAUAUAUUCUCUAAAACAUGUAACCAAUCAAGAGAACAUUCUUCUAUUUCUUAUCAUAUGGAUGAUUUCUUUUUAAACUAUCAAAGUAUAAAUAGAAUGAAAUUAAAAAACUCUGGAAACAUCUACUAUUUUUGUAUGCUACAAAAUAUAGAGGAAGCACAAAAUGACCCAAUUGUAGAAAUGUAUUAUAAAUAUUUGGAUGAUGUUAUAAAAAAGAAGAGUAAUGGUAAUAUAUAUGAUAACUAUUCGUUGUGUUCAAUGUUAGAUAAUACAAAAAAAAAAAAGAAAAAAAAAAAUAAAAAGGAUAAAAUGAGUAAAAAUAAAGAAAUGUAUCACCAAAUGAAUAUAUAUAAUAACACAAAUAUAUUAAAUACUAGUAAUCAUUCUAGUUAUGAAACAGAAAUUUAUAGUAAUAAUAUUAUUAAUAUUGAUGAAGAGAACACAUUAGAGAAUUAUUAUAUAGAUAUGGAAAUAUAUAACAAUUUACAUACAUCUGAUAAUAAAAAAAAAAAAGAUAUAACAAAUAAAAUAAAUGAGCCCAAUACACUUGUUCAAAUAAAUAAAAAAAAUGUAAAAAGAUUAAGUUCUGUUGAAAUGGAUAUAUAUAUUAAAACAAUGAUGAUAAAUGAGAAAAUAAAAACUAAUCAACAAAGAAUUGAUAAAAGAGAUAAAUGGAAUGCACUCUAUCAAUUUAUGUUUUCUUGUAUAGGUGCAUCCUUAAGUAUAUAUUUUUAUUUAGAUUUACCAAUAUUAAGAACAAAAUUUGAUUAUAUUUUAACAUGUGUUAUUAUCUUUUUUUCUUAUAUAUUUAUUGGGUUACCAUUACUUCAAAUUGAAUUAUCACUCGGACAAUUAUCACAAAGUUGUAUACUAAAUAGUUUAUGUUUCUUAAAAAAGAAAAUAAAAGGUAUAGGUCUUCUUUCCUUUAUAAUAUUAUUUUAUUUGUUAAUGAGAAAUAUGUCUCACAGUAUAAACACGCUGGUGAUUGUUGUAAACUCUGUGUGGAGACCAUUACCUUGGGAUAUCAAAGAAUGUGAAAAAAUAAAUAAACAACAAACUUGUGUAAGCCAUAUAAAAUGUAGGUGGAUAAAAUCGAAGGAGACAAAUGAUAUUAAGAUGUUUAAACGGUAUGAUAAUAUACAAUAUAAAGAUUUAUCACAAAAUGGUGUAUCGUAUAAUCAUUUAUCACAAAAUGGUGUAUCGUAUAAUCAUUUAUCACAAAAUGGUUUAUCGGAUAAGCAUCCAUCUCGUCAUAAUUUGUCUUAUCACAAUUCAUCAAAUGACAAAUUACAAUUAGAUUUUUCUCAUGUGUCACAAAAAGAAUACAAUGAAGAUUUAAAUAUAUUUAUGUAUAAUAAAAAGGGGGAACCUGUACAAAAUAAUUCACAUUCUUGUGUUUCCAUAUCUACUAUGGAAAUCAUACUUUUCUUUACAGAGAAUAUAUCCUUUGUAUGGAAAAUUAUAUCAUUAUUUGUUAUACUAAUUCUAUUAUAUUUCUUAUUAAAAAUAGAAACAAUGUCCUUAAAUCAAAGUUUACAUUAUAUCCUUUCAAUUUCUUUUAUAAUUGUUCUUCUACAAAUCCUUAUAUUGUAUUAUAAGCUAGAACCAAAGGAAUAUACACAAAAUGAGAAUAUGGAAACAAAAUAUAAUACAUGUAUAUUUUUUAAUAAGGAAUAUUUUCUACAUAUAAAUUUUUAUUUAAUUAUCAAAAUAAUUAGUCUUGUAUUAUUUUCUGUUAAUUGUUCCACUGGAAUAAAUUAUAUUUUUUCUUCAUAUACAAAUAUAGGAGAUAAUAUUAUUAAACAGUCAUAUUAUAUUAUAUUAGGUUCCUUUAUAGUUACCAUAACAUACUUAACAUAUUAUUAUUUAUGUAUAUUACACAUAUAUAAUAAUAAUAAUAAUAAUAAUAAAAAUAAUAUUAAUGUUUAUGAUGAUGAAUAUAUAUUAAAUUAUUUUAUAGACUAUUAUAAUAUAUUACCCAUAAAUAUUUCUCAUAUUCAACAAGAAAAAAAUAUAAUUUUUUCAUUUUUAAAAAAUAAUGUUAAAUAUCAUUAUAUUCCUCAUCAAAUUAUUAUAUACCUUUUGGUUUUAUCAAAAUAUAUACCUUUUUCAAAUAUGAUGUGUUUUUUAUAUUUUCUAUCUUCUUUAUUAGUCCUAUUAAUAACAAUAACUAUUCAUAUAAAAGUUAUAAUAAUCACGUUGAAAGAAUGUAGAAAAUUUAGAAAGAUCAAUAAAAAGAAAUUUAUUAUAUAUAUAAUAAUAAUAUAUUUUUUUGCUAGUCUAUUAAAUAUAUUUUUCUUUACAUUAUAUAUUAGUUAUUGGUUUAAUUAUAAUAUUAUAUAUAAUAUUUAUUUAUUUAUUGUUUUUUUUCAAAUAAUUUCUAUAACGUGGGUAUAUGGUUCAGAAUAUACAUCCAAAAAAAUAAAUCACAAAAAAAUAUAUUUUUAUUAUUCUAUUCAUUUUUUUAUAUCUAUAUUGUUAUUACCCAUAAUGAUAUAUCCAUAUUAUUAUAAUAUAUAUAAUAAGGGAUAUGUCUUCUUUACUAUACUUACAUUGAAUAUAGUACAAUUCAUAUCGGUUCAUAUAUAUUUCUUAUAUUCUAUAAAGUUACCUAAAAAAACAUUCAAGCAAAAAAUAACUUAUUUGUAUAUAUCCAACAUGAAUUUGUUAAAAAGAAGAUUAAAUAAUAUAUUCUAUGGGAAAUGCAGAAGAUAUGAUACACAAACAAAUAAAGACAAUAAUAAUAUUAAAACAAAUAAAAUUUACAAAUGUCAUAUUCUCCAGAAACUUACACCAAUGUGGUGCUUUUUAUUAAAAUAUUUCAUAACAACUAUUUUUAUAUUUGUACUCAUAUCCAAUUUAUUACAUCAUGUUUAUGAAAAUAAUAAAUUGUAUCACAAAUUAAAACAAAAUAAUUAUCUUCUAAGUUAUAAGUCCAAAUAUUAUCUUCAUAAUAUAAACCAAUCAUAUAUAAAAUAUAAUAAUGAUGAAUUAUAUAAUUUAAGAAAAGUACAUGAUAAAAAUGAAAAAACAGAAAAAAAGAAAUUCAUUCAAAAAAAUAAUAAUAUUCAAAAUAUAUUAUCUAAUAAUACAAUACAUGAAUACCCUAAAAUGGGGUAUGGACAAGAUAAAGGCAACUAUAUUUAUCAACAUAUAUAUAUUAACAUGCUUAUAUAUAUUAUUGUAACUAUUUUAUUUAUAAUAUUUCUUUUGUUGUUUUCUUUUUUUUCCUAUUUUAAACACAAGAAAUUCAAUAUAUUUAUUAACGCACCAAAUAAGUUAUAUAACAUAAAUGAUAUACAAAAAAAAAUAAGGAAACCCUUAAAGUUUUUAUAUACCAGAUCUAUUUUUUUUUUUGAAGAAUUAUUACCUGUUCAAUAUAUUAUGCCUUCCUAUAUUUGGACACAUAUAAACAAGCAUUUGAAAACAGAAAGUUUUAUACAAUCUUUAAAAAAAGAAUAUGAAAAUUGUGAAAAUAUUAUAGACAAAAAAUUUCUUUUUUAUGAUAAAGCACAAUUUGAAAGUUAUAUUUUAGGUCUCAUAUGUCAAGGAUCAAGGCUUGAGCAUUUUACACAAAAAAAAAAAAAAAAAAAAUAG